AUGCCCAGGAUUAACAGGGAUUGGGAACGCUGCCGAAGCAUCAUGCUGAAUCAAGGGUCGGAAAUCGCUUUGCGGGGCAAUUUUUCUGGACAAAUUCACAUAGUUCAUUGCACCGAGCUGAUGUAUUUAUGGUCCAAAGAGUUCUCCUCACUCCCAGGCUUCAGGCUUACAGUGGAAUCCAAGGUCCAUGGCUUUCUUCUACUGAGGAUCCCAAGCAGGAUGCAGUACUCAAGGUGGAGUCUCACCAGAGUGGAGAGUACAGGGGCAGAAUCAGCUCCCUUGACUUGCUGCCCACACUGUUCCAGAUGCAGCACAGGAUACUUUCUAAGCUCCAAAUGCACACUGCCAACUCAUGUCCAAAUUUUCAUCCGCCAGCACCCCCAAGUUCUUCUUCACAGGGCUUCUCUCAAUCCAUUCAUCCCCCAGCCUGUAAUGAUACCAGGGGUUUCCCCAAAGCAGGUUCAGGACCUUGCACUUUACCUCAUGUUGAACCUCAUAAGAUUGCCAUGUGCCCACUUCUUGAGUUUGUCCAGGUCUUUCUUGCUUAAUUCAAAUUGUCUCUAUUUUGUUUUUAUGGUUGUCUCUAUUUUGUAUAGAGAAAUAUAUAUACUAGCUAAAUUUAUUCACACUGAUCACACGUUUUUUAUCUGA